CGCACAGGCAGGCGUAGACCAGAGCAGCCCGAGGCCAACAAUCCUUCCAGAGACGCUAGAAGACAGCCUACGCACUCACCUCCUACGACGCUCAUCCCAACACAUACCGCCACCGAUGACAGAAGCAGAACAGACGAAGGCCGAACCCGAGGUCAAGCAAGAAGGCAAAGUCGAAGCUCCUGCAGCUGCCGAAUCCUCCGUCUCGCCUCGUCAGACCCUCGAUGAAGCGCACAGGUACAUGGCUCUCAAGCAGUGGGAGAAGGCAGCCGAUCAAUAUGCAGUAGCUCUUGAAGCAUUGAGCGAGCAACACUCGGAAGACGCACCCGUGCUCGCACCUGUUCUUCACCGCUACGGCAGAUGUCUGCUGGAGCACGCCAUAGCUACCUCCGGCGCACUUGGGGGAGGAGGCGGAGCAGCAGGAGCGAGCGAAGCGCCGCUGCCCAAGCGCAAAGCCGAAUCGGCAGAUGCUUCCUCGUCAAAGCCUGCAGACCCUAGAUUCAGCUUUGGAGGUGAUGCAGAAGACGAGGAAGAAGACGAGGAGGAACAGGAGGGUCAAGAGGAGGACGGAGAAGAUGCAGAUGACCUUUCCACUGCAUUCUCAGUCCUGGAUCUGGCGAGGAUCAUCUAUCAGAAGCUACUCAAAGGCGAGAGCGAGGACGAAAAAGCAGAAGAUGUCGAGGCUUCGCUGGAGACUUUAGACGGACAGAAGUGGGACCACCUCAAGAUCAAGACUGAGUUGGCCGAAGUGCUCAAUGACCUGGGUGAUGUGGGACUCGAGUCCGAAAACUUCUCCCAAGCAUCAUCAGACUACGAGUCGAGCCUGUUGAUCAUCUCGCCCAUGCUACACCCGCACUCCCGCCGCCUAGCCGACGCAUACCUUCGCCUUGGUCUCGCACUCGAGUUCCAUCCCGAACCUGAACGCCAGUCCACUGCCUCGAAAUUCGUUCAAUCUGCUGCAAAUGCUCUGAAGACGCGUCUCGAGGCUCUGCAGAGUCGUCAGGGUCUGCUGGCCAAAGGUGAUGAAGCCGAAGCCCGAGCCCAAGCCGCUGCCGUCAAGGCUCGCGAGGAGAAGGCGCUGGCCGAGAGUCGGGAAGCCUCAGAAGCUGGCGCGGACAGCAAAGGCAAGGGAAAGGGCAAGCAGGUAGAGAGAUUCGCCGAAAAGGACGACGUGGCCGAAAUGGACGAAGUGAAGGUGGAGAAAGAGCUCAAAGAUGUGGAAGAAAUGAUCGCAGAGCUGAAUGCCAAGCUCGAGGAAUACAACAAUCCUCAAAAUGGUGCACCUUCACAAAGUGGGGCAGGCUCAUCCGGGGCUUCUGCUGGUGGUGUAGCUAUUCCAGAAUCAGCAAAGCUGGCCCUCCAGCAAGCCAUCAACGACGCUUUCCUUGGAGCCUCCACCAACUCCCUGUCUGGAGCUCCAGCCAGCGAUAAGCCUGUCACGGACAUCACUGGCAUGGUCAAGCGAAAGAAGCGAGCAGCCGAAGAAGGGUCCGAAGGCAAGGGCAAGAGCGUUGAGAGCGCUGUAGAGGCAGCUGGUACUGCCGUCUCAGCCCCUUCAGCGCCGAUUGAGGAGCCGCAAAGCAAAAGGGCAAAGGUCGAGGACGCUGAGGAGGCUUAGACGUGGCGUGGGAAGUAACGGUGGCCAGAUCGGCCUGGUGAAGCUUGUUAAGCCAGGGCCGCCUGCGCCUACACACACACACAUGUCCGCCGAGGGCAGAAAACACAUAUUCCAUCCAUCCAGGUCCGACGUUGU